AUGCGACGGGCCUCUCUUCUUCUCUUGUCCCCGCAUCUGCGUGCCAUCUUAUCGGCGGCGUACGCGCAUUUCCGGAGACCGGCCGGCGGCGCGCACGGCGUCGUUUCCGGCUGGUCACGUCCCCAGCGCCCUAUGUCUCACGCGACAGCGACAGCGGAUGAGUCGGUGGAAUUUGGCCGUCUCCUCACGGGCGUGCUACUGACCUGCCACGAGAGCAAUGUCUAUCCAAGCGCGACGGUUGCUGACGCUGCCUCUGCUCUUUCCUCCGCCCGGCACCAGUCUCCCACUCUCGCCCGACUCUCCACUAUGCGCAGCCUCGGGGGCCUCCGCGCCGUCUCCGGCCACCUCGCGGCGGCGAGCGGCGCCUCCUCGUCUCCCCACUGCGUCCUCUUCGCCCGUGCCCUCCAGAUCCUCGCCCAGCCGGAGCCCGUCCGCCUCCACAAGCUCUCGGCGCCCGACUCCGGGAUCGUGGAGCUGAGGCUUGAGCGGCCGGAGGCCAGGAACGCCAUCGGGAAGGAGAUGCUCAAGGGGCUGCGGAGCGCCAUGGACAAGGUGGGGGCCGACCCGACGGCCAACGUUGUACUGGUAGCGAGCUCCGUGCCCCAGGGC